AUGGACUUUCCGGGAUCCAGCGAUGAGCCUUUAGAAUCCAGAAUUCUUGAGUCGAAUGAGUCUCUUCAAAAUAUUGAGGAUAUCGAUGUUCAACACAGACAAUUGCUGCAAAAUCAACAGGUUAAGUAUGCAUCGAGUUUGUUCUCACAGCAUUCACACACUCCAGUUCAGGUUUCGAAUAUCAUAGUAAAUAACUCAGGAUGUGUGCGUCUCGAGAUUUUACAAAAGUAUGUUGAUCAGACAUUGGGACAAGCUACCAACUUAGAAGAGCUGUGUGAAGAGUCUGAUAUUUUGAACAUGAAGCUGAUAUCAAACGGACUCGUGGAAAAUAGCACUUUAACUCUUGAUAGCAGAGGGAUACUGCAUUAUGACUUGAAUUCAUUGCACCCAAAGUCAUCCUAUGCCUCGCCUUUGGGUAGACAGAGCCUAUUGUCCGUUUUAGAUGUGGUUUCCAUCCUCGACCUUCAACCUUUGAAAAAAUUCACCGCUAAGACGGGAACCAACGUGGGAAACGGUGAAGGUGACGGAUAUCUUCAGUUUCAGUGGCGGAAUGCCUUCAAUGGAGGGGAAAAGCUAACAUUCGAUGCUACUAAGGGCACUAAAACUCAUUCGUCCUAUCUAGUGGACUAUUCUCAGCCACUAUCGCCAUUUUGGUCGAUAGAUUCUGCUUUAUACAAAAACUCAAGAGCUCUAGGAAACUCAGAGUUACUUCUGAGAGGUAUUCGUGCCUCCCUAAAAUCAACUUUUGAGAAACAUAAGAACGUCAAUCAUGAAUUCCAAUACGAACAGGCUUGGCGGAGCCUCGGUGCCAGUGGAAAUCACUCUUCAGAUUCUCUUCUUCUGCAAUGCGGGAAUGACAUCAAGACGGCCUUCGGAUACUCUCUUUUUUGGGAUGCUCGUGAUAAACCCGUUUUCGCAUCUUCUGGUAAGUAUAUCAAGCUAUCCAAUGAGUUGGCACUCAGCAGCUUUUGGAAAGUUGGGCUUGAAACUGGCGCAGUCAAAAGCUGGCGCGAAAAUAACUUCUUUACGGUCAGCGGCUCGUUGAAAGCUGGAUAUAUCAACAAUUUCCAUCCCGAGACUAAAUCCAUACAUUUGAGCGAUAGGUUUCAUUGCGGUGGAAGCAACGAUGUGCGAAGUUUUAAUCUCAUGGGCUUAGGGCCCAAAGAUCUUUUUGAUUCCAUUGGUGGUGAUGCUUUCGUAACAUACGGGAUCAGCGCUUUCAGUCGUUUACCUGUAGCUCGUUGGUCUGAUUCAAGUUUCAGGUUGCAUACAUUUUUCAAUGGCGGCAGGCUAAUAAAUUCAAAUGGAUGCUCAGCGAAGUCUUGUAUUCAGGCUCUUGCACAAGAGCAUUCUAUGUCAACAGGGGUUGGCUUAGUAUUCGGGCAUUCAGUUGCCAGAUUCGAACUAAACUUCACAAUUCCACUAACGGCUCACGCUAGUGACGCCGUCCGCAAGGGAUUCCAAUACGGAAUAGGACUAUCGUUUCUAUAG